GCUGGUCCAGUGACAGGAGGAGCGAGCCAGGAGAAAAGGAUGGAGGAUGCAGAAGAGAACCUGAAGAGAAAAGCAGAGGAUGCUGGACCGAGCCCACAGGAACUGGACCCUACCAAACGGCUGAAGCCGGAGGGGGGAGCAGCAUCCCCCCACGUGCUGACAUCGCAGGUGGCGCAGCACUACAACCAGCUGGAGGAGAAAGGUCUGGCCGUCCGCUCGCAGUCCCGCAUCUUCCACCUCCGUAACUUCAACAACUGGAUCAAGAGCAUGCUCAUCGCUGACACGUUGCGGCGCCUGCGCGCGGACAGCCCUGCCGGCAGACUGUGUGUGUUGGACCUCGGCGUGGGCAAGGGGGGAGACCUGCUCAAGUGGAAAAAGGGAGGCAUCGAUCACCUGGUGUGUGCAGACCUGGCUGAGACAUCAGUACAGCAGUGUGAGGAGCGGUACCACAGCAUGGCAGGGCGGCAGGGACGAGGUCCUCGGCUCUUUACCGCCGAGUUUAUCGCAGCCGACUGUGCCAAGGAGGACCUGAGCAGGAGGUACCGUGACCCUGACACGACCUUUGACCUGGUGAGCUGCCAGUUCGUGCUGCACUACUCGUUCGAGAGCCAGGCCCAGGCCGACCGGAUGCUGCGGAACGCCGGUGAGAGACUCCGGCCGGGAGGGUACUUCAUUGGAACCACCCCCGACGGCUACGAGCUGGUGAGGAGACUGAAGUCAGCGGAGGGUCUGUCGUUCGGAAACUCGAUCUACAGCAUCACGUUCCGGCAGAAGGACGACUUUCCGCUGUUCGGCUGUCAGUACGACUUCCACCUGGAGGGAGUGGUGGACUGUCCCGAGUUCCUCGUCUACUUUCCUCUGCUCGAACAGAUGGCAGAGAAAUACGGCCUGAGACUUGUCUACAGACAGACAUUUUCCGAGUUCUUCCAGCAGCAGGUUUCGCAGGGGGAGGGCAGAGCUCUGCUGGAGAGGAUGAAGGCUCUCGAGACGUACCCGCCACACGAAGGCCAGGAGCUGGCAGGCAGCGAACCUGAGGACUACGCUCACGCCCGGGCCAGGCUGCAGGAGCUGAGGAGCAAGGGGGAGGGGGGCGACAGGGGCACACCGGAGAACCCCAGGGUGGGAACUCUCUCCUUGGCGGAGUGGGAGGCUACAAGUCUGUACCUCGUGUACUGUUUUCAGAAGGUCGGGGAAAAUAAGGAGGAUUCUCCAUCCAACCAGCCACAGCCGGUUCAAGCCGGUCACAGCCAGAUCCAGCCAGCCAGACUAAUGAGUGAUGCUCAGCACUAACAAACUUUUUUGUUUAAUAGGAAGCUAGUUAGGGAAAAACAUGGAGGAAUGAAGGAAGAGAUGUACCAUUGAAAUAAGAUACCAAACAUGAUGUGAAAUAAAAUAUCGAAUAAAAAUCUUGCAUGUCCAGUUCAUCUCAUGUGUGUUUGGUUCGGAUGACUCUGUACAAUAGGCAUAAUUCAGAUGGAGCAACCAGCCAAUUACCCUGGACAAUUCCAAGUUAAUAAUUAAAGAUCAGCAACCCCACUGUUAGCUUUCUUGUUUUCCUUUUGUUAUUAAAAGUUUAACUGUAAAUCAUACUUUACUUCAGCCAUUGAAUGUUGCUGCUG